AUGCCGAGAGUCAGCGCUCGCUCUGGGGCAGCUGCCGGGUCUCCGCGCGGGGCACAGGAUGGCAGGGAGGACUGCGGGGCCCUGGGGCCCGGGGACCUGCGGAAGGGCACGUCUAACAUGUCAUUUGAGGAGCUGUUGGAAUUGCAGAGCCAAGUGGGGACUAAGACAUACAAACAAUUGGUAGCCGGAAACAGCACUAAGAAACAAGGUUCUAGACCACCUGUCCAGAAUGCAUGUGUUGCAGAUAAGCACAGGCCUCUGGAAAUGUCAGCCAAGGUCCGGGUGCCAUUUUUGCGUCAAGUUGUCCCCAUCAGUAAGAAGGUAGCCCGGGACCCCCGGUUUGAUGAUCUAUCAGGGGAAUAUAAUCCUGAGGUGUUUGACAAAACAUAUCAAUUCCUGAAUGACAUCCGAGCCAAAGAGAAAGAGCUUGUGAAAAAGCAGCUGAAGAAGCACCAUUCAGGGGAGGAGCAUGAGAAACUGCAGCAGCUGCUUCAGCGAAUGGAGCAGCAGGAAAUGGCACAGCAGGAACGAAGGCAGCAGCAGGAGCUGCGCCUGGCCCUGAAGCAGGAGCGGCGGGGUCAGGCCCAGCAGGGCCAUCGGCCGUACUUCCUGAAGAAAUCUGAGCAGCGCCAGUUGGCCCUAGCUGAGAAGUUCAAGGAGCUGAAACGCAGCAAGAAGCUGGAGAGCUUCUUGAGUCGGAAGAGGCGCCGAAAUGCAGGCAAAGACAGGAGACAUCUCCCUUUGAGCAAAGAAUAAUAAGGAACUGUCCUCAGCUCUGCCACUACCCCAGUGAGAAGUGGAUCUGUGGGGACAGACUUGGGCUAGGCCUGUUCUCAUUCUUUCCCAUUCAAGGGCAAGGAUCACAGCCGCUCUUGAACUAGGUUAGUUCAGAGAAGACUAGAGGGCUCUUGGACUGCCCCUGGGACUGGACAAGAGCAGCUCAGCCUUCUGCCUUGCCACACUGCCUCUGCUUGGCUCUGAUUCAUUAUGUCCUCGAGUCCUUCUCGCAUCCUUGCCUUAAACCAGCGAUUCUGUUAUAGAGGGAAAGGGGCCAGUGAGUGGCCUUGAGGCCUAUGAAGGCCAUGCAGUCUGUCAGUGGCUCCUAGGCCUGGGGAUUUAUGUAGGAGCCAGUUCAUACAUAUCCUUGUCACUCUUCUUUUUAUUAUUCAGCUUUUUUUGUCGGGUUUGUGGGUGGCCUAGAACUGCUGUUUUAGUGGGCCAUGUGUGGGGGUAGGUAACAAACCUAAGGCUCCUACAAAGUGGAAAGUCAGAUGAGAGACUACUCCUACUAAAAUCCAGAAGGUGACAGAAUCAUUUAAAGAGUGAACCA